AUGCCUGCGCCCACAACCCACCACACCCGCCUGCGCCACGGCGCCCCGACGCUCCUGCUCCUCCUGACGGCUCUCGCCACCACCCUCGCCUGCCGCCACCUGCCUCCCUGCCACUCCACCUUCCCCUGGGACAGCCUCAGCAUCCUCCGGGACAUGGCUCCCAGACCGCCACAGCCCUGCCAACACCAACAGGCGCCCUUCCCCUUCCCCGACACCCUCCUCCACAACAGCCACCCACAGCAAGCCGCCGCCACCGCCCGACACAUCCUCGACAACCUCUUCGCCACCCUCAGCGCACAGAGCACCCCCCAACACUGGGACGACCAGGCACGCCAUCGCCUCCUCAACAACCUCCACCGCCACAGCCAGCAGCUCCAGCAAUGCCUCGCACCCAACGGCACGCUCUCCCAAGGACAAGGGCCCCGCAACCGCACGCUCACCAUCAGCAAAUACUUCAGGCGCAUCCACAACUUCCUCCACACCCACAACCACAGCGCCUGCGCCUGGGACCACGUCCGCCUCGAAGUUCGCGCCUCUUUCCAGCGCCUCCACAACCUCACCCGCACCAUGUGCAAUUAGACCAACCGCCCCGACCAACCCGCGCGCACCCACGCGCCCCCGCCACCACUUCUCCAACACCGACGCGGCCCCACCGCGGGCCUCCCGCCUCCCCUCACCCGUGCCAAGAGCCGCUGCAACAACGGCCCUGCGCCCUCAGCCUCCACUGACCCCCUCCCCUAUUUAUACAACUCCCUCUAUUUAUUUUCACAAUGCCUUUUAUCUAUUUAUUCACCUAUUUAUUCCACAGACAAUAAAGACCUGUUGCAAAAACCGUGACACUGCCUCGCCUCUCACAAGCACAGCCACCAGCCUUUGGCGUGGCGGGAAGCCACCUCCACUCAACACCUACUCCGCUCAACCCCUGCUCCAAACAGGGCUCCGCACAUCCCGCGCCCGCUCUUCUCUUUGCCGCCUCCCCAAGGAGCCGCUGGCCUCAACCUCCUGCCAAAACCUCCGCGCCAGCCUUUAGCCAUCGUCAUCACCAUCGGCUCGGCGGCCCUCCCCCUCCUCAACACUGUCCACCUUCCACCCCGCUUCACAUCAACU